AUUCCCAAUCCGCUAAGAUAUGAAGUGCCCAUCGCCAUCCGAUAUACAGUCGAUUUGCGGUCGAUUGUCGUAAGUACUAUCUGAUAAACAGAACGGGACUCCGAAACAAGUCGCAAGCUAGAAUGUGAAGUGUCCCGCCAGCCAACUUUCCAGAUUUCAGGUCAGCUCAUUAUCUAUUUUCGCUUACCAACACGCACUGCACCCAUCUUCAUCGCACACUGAGAUGCUUGACCUUGGGUUGGAGUACCAGCACGUCCUUGUAACCGGUAGCUCCUUAUUCAUGUCGUACGGCCAAGGCUGCUACAAUCAACCUUAGGUGCCAGUGGUGGAAUUGGCAUCGAGAUCGCGAGAGUUUUCAUGGAACAAGGUGCUAAAGUAACAGUCCAAUAUAACAAGUCGGUGACGGCACUCGAGUCUUUUGCUCAGGAACAAGAUUCGACGAGACUCCAUGUUGCACAAGCCGACUUAUCGUUAGAAUCGUCAGUUCGUUCUCUGUUCAUGUCUGCGACAAGUGUACUGGGACCUGUACACAUUGCUGUGAUUAACCAUGGGAACUACAUAGAUGAGGAUGUUAUGUUGAAGGACAUGACUCUCGAAAGAUGGAACGCUUCGAUGGACGCAAACCUCACUUCGGCAUUUUUGGUAGCUCGAGAGUUCCUCAAAGGCAUCGAAAAAUCACAGAAAACCGAGAAUCUUAGCGAAGUGGAGAGAGAAAGGUUGGAUUGGUCCUCGAUCGUGUUUGUUGGCUCGACUGCCGGAUUAUUCGGCGAAGCCAACCAUUCAGACUAUGCUGCUGCAAAGAGUGCUGUAAUGUACGGCCUCACGUUGAGCCUCAAAAAUGAGAUCGUCAAGAUUGCCCCCCGCGGGCGCGUUAAUUGUGUAGCCCCUGGCUGGACACAUACCCCAAAGAAAACGGAAAUGCUCAAGGACCCCGAUAUUGUUUAUCGUAUCACUGCAACUCUACCGCUGAAGAAGAUCGCGACAACAUACGAUAUCGCCAUUCAGAUUGCUCUCCUUUCCUCGACAAAGGUUUCUGGACACGUUUCUGGACAUGUCGUGGAUGUCGCGGGUGGUAUGGAAGGACGAUUACUGAAUAUGAGGGAGAAAGCCUGAUUCGAUAAUAACUUAAGCUGUAUUAUAAUCAGUAUUCGUGGGUUAUUCAUAUGCGAUGUACAAGGACAUACGGUGUAGGACAUUUCUGAAGAAGAUCAAC